AUGGGCGCCAAGUCGCGGAUGCUCGCCCAUGUCCUUGAUUUCUCUCCGCUGGAGUGGAGAAAGCCAGUGGCGGCUCGCGCCGCCUUCGCGUGCCUACGCAAUGAGUUGGCUGCCAACGGUCUGCUGGCCUACCUAGGGCAGACGGUGCCGGGAGAGUGCCCGGCGGCACCGCAGCUCGACUGCCCCUGGAGCUACUGGCUGGCCCUGGGCAUCUUCAUCGGCGUGCUCGCGGGUUGGACCACGGCAGUCUCCUUGAUGCGCGAGACCACCUUCGACGACUGGGUCAUGCCAGGACCGCGAGUGGCUAAAGAGUGGCUCGUCUCUGUCAGAGAUGGUGUGAGCGAGUCUUCGGCUGUGGCCCACAUUCACUAUGUCCUUUGUGAGGUGGUGCGGUUGGCGAUGCAGACUGUUCAGUUGGAUGUCGCGAACCUGCUGAGUUUCGAAUUCGCCAUGCGGAGGAUCUGCCGAGACGAGACGGCGGUCGCCCGGAACCCUCGACACCCAGGCUACGGCGGCCUAGAGAUCGCGCUGCGUGCCCCGACCACCGAGCAGGGCCCGGCCAGCGCGAACAAGUUCACAGAGUGGGCGACGGGCCGCCUGAAAGAACAUGCCGCGAUCUACAAGCAUACUCGGCUGUGGAACGAGGAACAGCGCGCCCUGCAGGCAGCGCGUGGCUCGGGAGACCACAGGAAGGGCAAGGGCCGCGGCUCGCGGCGGGGCAAGGGCGGCAAGGGCGACGAGGAGGACCACGACAAGCAG